ACAAUGGUGGACUCCCGCAUCCAGCAGGCCAUCGCCAACGGCACCGUUCCGCCAGAUAUUACAGCCGAAUACCUGAGCGAGUCUCGCGAUGGCCCGUCGAUUGUCGGCAUCGUCUUCGUCACAGCCUUGACGGCUGCCGUCGUCUGUACACGACUUGUAUCGCGAACAUGUAUCGUACGGCGCUUCGGUCUGGACGAUGCAUUGGCUUCCUUGUCAUUGGCUCUGCUGAUAUGCUUUGUUGGACUGAGCAUUGAGUUGAUCAACUUGGGUUCCGGGAGACAUUUCGCCUUUAUCGAAUACAUCAUGGACGUCCCCACGGUCCUGCAGACCCAAGUACUCGAUUUUGUCGCGCACAUCAUCUACACCACAGCCUUGCUCCUGUGCCGCGUUUCGGGUCUCGCGUUCUAUCAGAGAGUCUGCGGGCAGCAUAACCACUUCCAGCUGGCCAUCAAGGUCGUGUUUGGGAUCCUCAUCGCCGGGUUUCUGCCCCAGAUCUUCCUGCUCAUCUUCCACUGCAAGCCAGUCACGGGCUACUGGCCGUACGGAUGGGAGCCUGUGGCCCCCCGAUACACUUGUCUGCAGUGGGGUGUGGUGUACAGCGUCAACUCGUCUGUUUCGCUACUCUGCGACCUGCUUCUGUUUGGUAUUCCCAUUGCCAUGCUGCGUACGCUGGAGAUGUCCCGGAAGCGAAAGAUUCAGUUGGCCGGUAUCCUGUUGCCCGGUGUUGCGGUCAUUGCCAUUUCCAUCACUCGACUUGUUCUCGUCAUCAUGGGCCAGUGGGAGAGUGACGAGUCGUGGUCAUACGACCCCAUGCUGGGCGUGGAGGCAUCGGAGAUUGGAGCGACGUUGAUCGCCCUGUCCGUGCCGGGAGCCAAGCCGCUCUUUGACAAGAUAUUCUUCAAGAAGGACGACAGCCAGACCAGCGGCGCGUCCCACUAUGGCCGCAGGAACAGCAGUUUUCGGUCACGAGGGACUGCGCUCAGC